GGUCCCUUAAUGAGAGCAGUAACGUUUGAAAGACAGGACCAGCGCUAGAAAAGCUGCGUUACUAAGUUAAAUUCAUCAUCGUUACGGGUGGAUGAAACGCUCACCUGGACAGGAUGAAGGUAACCUUCGGCGCCCUGGUGGUCUCAGCCGGCAUCUGCGGUAUUCUGAGCUUCGCUUGUUUGGCGACUUCGCUCGGAACCGAGUAUUGGUACAUCAUAGAGAUGAAUCCUAUGAACAUGAGUGACUUUGAGGACAUGAGCUCCCACUCGGGACUGUGGAGCAUCAACGAAGGUGGGAAGAUGUACGCAGACUCUAUCGACUCUUUCACAGCUGACCACUCCAGGUACUCUGAGACUGAGCUGCACAUGCUGAGCAUGCAUAGUGCAAUAGUGCUGGUGCUUCCCUUCAGCCUGGUCCUAUUACUGUUUGGUGGCAUCUGUGGAUUAGUCAGUUCCCUGGCUCGGAGCCCUGUCCUCCUCACCAGCACAGCCUCCUACUUCUUCAUCUGUAGUCUGCUGACCCUAUGUGGUGUGAGCCUCUACAUCAUCUACUCGUACCAGGCCCUGGCUGAGACGGAGAGGCAGGUGGGGCCGGAGGGUCUGGCCUAUAUUCAAACCUCCUUCGGCUGGUCUCUGGGUCUGGCCUGGCUCUCCUAUGGCCUGGAGCUCCUCGCCGGCAUACUGCUGCUUGUAGCUGCUCGAAUGGCCAAGCUGCAGAGCAGCAGUCCCACCGUGGCCUGACAUGAGCCUCCACAGUGGAUCCAACACAUUGGGGAUGGGGAUUGAACUGUACUGAACUGUAUGUGUUGCUGCCAUGAGGUUCUGCCUUAGAAAAAAGUAACAACAUAUACAAAUACAAAGGUUGAACUAAAGAUGUUCUGGACUGUUCAAUGUCCUUCAAUCUGCUUCAGAUUGGAGACAAUCUGGUGAUUUUCAGUAAGUGAAGUGUAGCGGUGGACUACUAACUUACAUUUGACCAAUUAUGCCCUCUUGUGGUGAGAACUGAAGUGGCUCCUCACAUCCACUGUCGGUGCACCUGGCUAUACAGACAGUCAGACUGUAGUAAUUUAAUCAGACUGUAGUAAUUUAACCCGUGCCAAACUACACUGACAAUCUUACAGUUCAAGAUAAUUUCAUGUUUCUUUAAAUCUAUAGAGUUGCUUUUAUUCUCAAUAUUCAAUAAACAUUGGCUGUAUUUUAAAUCAUCCAAAUUAAUUUAAUGUAAGCUGUAGCUAUUUGUAAAAAAAAAAAAAACAAAAGAGAAAAAAGUGUAGUAUAUUAAGUGUAGUAUCGUGUGUUGUGUUAGUUUAUUUUUUUUUAUCUAUAUAAAAGUAUAACAAAUGUUUCUUACAUUUGACUGCACUUUAAAAAUGUCACUAUUGCAGUGACGUCUUGUCUGUAUUUCAAGCCCAUUGAUCUUACCAUUUAAUUCUUCCAAUUACCUGUGAUAAUUACCCAUUCCAGUGUUCCUAUAGUACCACACAAAAGUUUCUGAAUCAUAGUGUUUUGUUUAGAUAACCACCAGUUUUACUUGUUAAGUUUUAUUUGAUAAAUCAGAAGGUUAUUUUGUCAUAUAAAUGCCGUUUUUAAGUGUUUUUCAGUUGCCAGAUGUAUUUCUUUAUGACACUAUUGCCAAAUUAAAUGUGGCAGUUCUCCACUGUAGAGAGAGAAAAGCUAUUCAUCCCUUUUGUGGCACCAGAACCAAAGUCACUCUCUACUCCGAGUUUGGUAGUAACCCUGAAAACUGCAAAAUUUGCAAAAAAACAAGGACAAAGUAGAUAGACAAAAAUGUUUUGGGGCUUGAAGUAGCAGCACUGGGACUGUGAGAUUUGGUUUGAAGGUCACAGCACAAGUGGGCAGAGUGAGACUGCUGCUGUCACCAAGCCUACGGGAUAUUUUCAGAAAAACAAACACACAUCACCAAAUGCUUUUUUUAAAGUGUUCCUAUGGCAACAUAAACAACUUGUGUAUGCACGCAGACAAAGGAUUAAAUGUGGGUGUAAGAUUCUGUUCUAAGCAAAGCCUUCUUUUUUUAAGCUCUAAACUUGAGAUGUUUGACUUUAUUUAAUGAGUUGUGGAAACAUUUCAUGAGCCCAAGAGAAAAACUAUUUAGUCCUUCAGCUGAAGUUUAAAAACAAAUGAAGCUAUAUGUUGUCAGAAGGAAAAAAUGCCAUUUUUUUGUGAUGACAUU